GAAGGGUGCCUUGCAAGACGACGAGGCAAACACUCGCCUUCCGAGCUACAUGAAUAAGUUCCGGCUGUUGAACGCGCCCCUCGCCUUGGAAGUCUUGGCCUUGGUGGUUCCAGCGGUGGCUGCGUUCUUGGAGAAGCUCAUGAAGAAGGGAGCCAAGAUCAACAAGUUCCAGAUCACGGAGAUCGUCGCCUUCGUCUUGCACGUGGAUCUGCGAUCCGCAUUGCCCAGCAAGCACAAAGGCCAGCUGCUCGAGUGGUGCAAGACCAGAAGCGAAGAGACGGACAGUCCUCUGAAGUCUUGGUCUUCGACUUCGGAGCCGAAGUGCGAGACAUGGGAGGACUUUCAGAAGCACCCGCUCUACAGGUACUGGAACUUUGAGCACGACAGCAAGGACGAGGACCAAUCGACGUUCGGGAUGGUGCGGUACCUGCAGACGGACAUUCGCCUUCGCCUGCCAAAGGAGAUCCGCGGAUUCCCGCUCAAGGCACCCCACCUCUUCUACACCAACUUCGUCAACGGGUGCAUAAACAUACCGAUGACACAUGUCAUGCAGGCGAACGAUGGAGAUGAUUCUGCGCUUCCGGAGCAGCCGCUCUUUUUCGAUGCGGUGCCAAAUGCACCCGCGACGAAGCUGCACACGCCGGAGGAGCAGAAGCCGGAGCCGUCUACCCCGCCGAAGAAGAACAAGAAGGGCCGCAACGAUCCGAAGACUCCCGAAAGCUGCCGCUCGUCGAAGAGUGAUCCCGUGAGCCCGCCACAGAAGACACCGCCUUCGUCUUCCAAGCGCAAGCGCUGA